AUGAUUGAUGAACAAUCACUCUUUUUGAUAUUGAUGUUAAUAUGUAUUGAACUCAAAUAUCAAUAUGAAUAUAAUGACAACAGUGAUGAUAUCGAUUCAGAUCGUCGAGUUUUUGAUGAUGAAGAUGACGAAGAACAAUAUAUGGAAUUACGUGCAACAGUAAAAUCAAAUGAAACAAAUUCUGGAUUUGAGAUAACGCUUCAAAAUCGUGCUGCAAUGAAUACUCGUCUUCGUGUUCUGUAUUCCGAUGCAAAUGGUAAUCCUGCAAUAGCUGAAACUGGUCGAUUAUGGGGUGGUCAAACAAAAUCAGUAACACUUCCAGCUGAUGCUAAAAAUAUCAAUAUCAUUGUUGAAAAAGAUAUAUUUUUUGAAAAUUGGCGUAUAGUAUAUAAAGGCACAUUAACUGAUAAAAAUCAAUGUAUACGUAUUGUUGGUGUAACACUUUUUUCAAAAGUUCAUCCAUGCAAAUAA